AUGGUUUCUUCAAUGACCCCUUUCAACGUUGCUAGCAAUGCUGGCUAUGAAGUGCACCUCUACAAGCCCAGACACACACCUUGGAACCAGCUCGUCGUCGUCGGACUCCACAACGGCGCCUUUGUAGCCGUAAGCUUUCAUUGGACCUGUACUUGACUUAUUCACUGGGAUCGGCAUCACUGAACCAAUAAUGAACCUCGUUUGAUUAACCCAGGCGGUUGCCGUCUCAUUGUACCUCUUUACGCGCCUCUCCAAGGGCCCGAUCCGCACGGUCGGUGCGAUUGCUGGCAUCACCUCGAUCCUCGUGUGGCCCUCGAGCCUCGGAUAUGGUCGAACCGGUCUUGUAAGCUCAUAAUCUAUCGUGUUACAAAGUGCAAACGAGCCGAUUUAUCUAACAUCGACACUUGACUGCUUGCAGGGCAUUGUGGAUUUCGGAUUGCCCGCCUGGGUAAGUCCUAGCUCGUCUCUAGCGUACGAAUAUCUGGUCAUACUUUGCUGAAGCUCAAUUGCGGUACAACUUCAAAAUGCAUGAUAAGGGAAUGCUCACUUUCUUGAACAUCGUCGACGUAUUUUUUUUGCGCUCGACCGCCGAGGUGCACAGCUGGGGACUACGUAAGUUCAUCAUUGUGGACGCGGGCUCCUUCGCCGAACCGCGGAGACCUCGGAGGUCGUCAUCGGAUGUGUCCGAGGGCCGACGGCGAACUGCAAACGCGCUUGGGCUGACACGCGCGCACACUCGCUUCAUCUUCCCCGUGCCCUCGAUCUCUGCUGCAAUGGGGCCACAACAGCUCGCACCAUCGCCCAAAUGUUUGCCUACCCCAACGAACAUGCGACAUCGCCUAACCCUCGCCUCGAGAACGUCAAGGCGCUCGGCCUCUGCGCCCUCAAGUAUGUGAUGGUCAACUUUUUGCUCUGUGAGUCCGCUGCCCGAGCCCGGCUUCGCCUGGGGAGAGUUGCCCGACGACCAACGCCGUAGCUGCCUGCGCGCCUCACCCGGCACAGAUGGCUGACGAUCGUUCUCGAAUGCACUGGUCAAUAAGACUUCGCCCCUUCUCCCGAGAUCUGGGCUCGCAUCAAGCCCCUAACGCCUGCCUACUUCCUAUAUGCCGGUGUCGUUGCCCUGCUCAUUCUCGGCACUCUUGGUUUCUUGAUCGAAGCGAUUCUUCGCACGCUUGGGUUUGUCGUCAAACCAUACCUCGCCGUGAAGAAUGUCAACUGAUUCCGUGAUAUCUGCAUAUUCAGCAUUUUGCUCGGAGUUGAGAUGUCGCCCAUGUUCAACAACCCCACCGCCGCCCCCAACAUCCGUGAAUUCUGGGCUCGCUGUAAGUUGAACUUUUCUUCGUUUGCAGGCGUAGACUGCACGCUUGACUGAUCAUGAGGUGGGGCGAACGUAAAUUAGGGAACAUGGCGAUCAAGGACGGUCUAUCUCGAGUCUUCUUCCACUUCAAGGCCCCUCCGAAGCGCAACUCCAAGUCGAGCGCCAACAACGGCAAGCCGAGUGCCUCCUCGUCCGCUGUCAGCGCCAAAAAUGGCCAUGAGCUUCGCUCGCGCGGUCGUCCCGUUUCCAAGCCCGACUAUGUAGGUUUGAGGCCUAUCAUCAUACCAAAUUACAUACACUGAUUUCGACAUGCUCUUCCGAUCGCAGCUUGAUGAGACCGAAGCUUCGGACAACGCCGCCUCUCGCGAGCCUUCGCCCGACCGCACCCUCGAAAAGAAGAUAUUAAAGCGCAAGGGCGACAGCCCUGCCCAAAAGAAGAAGCCGAGUCCCUUCUUCCCUAAAGCCGUCGCCGCGACUGUCACCUUCGCAGCGUCGGGUCUUUUCCACGAAUACAUGAACCACCUCGCCUUCAACGGCGCUUCGGGCGAGACCCUCGCCUUCUUCUUCACUCAAGCCGCCGGAACAAUUGCUUAUUCCUACCUCAAACGCACGGCCCCUGGCUUACUCCGAUCGAUCCCUUACCCGCUCGCGGUAGCUUUCGUCAACCUCUUCGCCUUUGGUAUGGCCCCCCUCUUCUGCGCUCCCUUCUUGCGGGCUGGCUUCUUCGAGGAUUUCAAGGCUUUCGGUUUGCUUGGUCCCAUUAAUGGCUUCAUUUGGUUCGCCGGUGAUGGCCAUGGCAACUAUCUCCCUGCUUUCUUUCCCGUGUGGUUGAGGCAGUUCCUCGGAGGCAAGUAA